CUCAAACUCAACCAAUCGCGGGGAAGGGAACAGGAUGGUAGGGGGGAGGGGGGGGAGCUCCUCCACCUCAGCCAAUCAAAAGGAGAGAAGCGCGCGCGGGCGCCUCCCCCCACCGCACGGGGACAGCUACGGAAGGCGACACGAGGAGCGAAAAGGCGAUCGCGAAUUACCCCCCCCAGCAACCACCCCCUGACAACAUUAUGGACCCGGCUAGUGCGAUGGAUUACGAAGAUGCUAGUGGCGCUGCUGGUGGUGGUGGUGGUGGCGGUGCUGGCGAUGGUUGUGGUGGCGCUGCUGGUGGUGGUGGUGGCGGUGCUGGUGAUGGUGGUGGUGAAGACAUCCACCGUUGUCUCAAAUGUCAAGUGACGAUCCCCGGUCUCGACCGCUACAUCCGGCAUUGCCGGACGGAAUGCGUCGCUCCUCCUGGGAGUGCUCCGGUGGCCCCGGCCACCUGCGCCGCUGCCUCCACCGGGCCCCCCCAACAACCGCAGCGGCCACCGGCGACAGAUCCGGCGGCGGCGAUUCCGACAGAAGCCGCCGGUGGCGGUGCCGGUGGUGGUGCCGGUGGUGGUGCCGGUGGUGGUGCCGGUGGCGGUGCCGGUGGUGGUGCCGGUGGUGGUGCCACCGCCGCCGCGAGCCAGCAGGCGGCGGGACCCUGGACUAGCGGGAGCGGAGUGACGGGCCGCACCAUGGGCCAUGGGGCCGUGGGCCGCCGGGAGGCGGGCGCAGCAGAGGCACGCGGUGCGGUGGUCUCAGUUGGGGCCGUCGAGGAGGAGGUGGAGGAGGAGGUUGGUGGCGGUGUUGCUAGUGGCGGUGUUGUUGGUGGCGGUGUUGUUGGUGGCGGUGUUGCUAGUGGCGGUGUUGCUGGUGGCGGUGUUGCUAGUGGCGGUGAUGCUAGUGGCGGUGUUGCUGGUAGCGGUGUUGUUGGUGGCGGUGUUGCUAGUGGCGGUGUUGCUAGUGACGGUGUUGCUGGUAGCGGCGUUGUUGGUGGCGGUGUUGCUGGUAGCGGUGUUGUUGGUGGCGGUGUUGCUAGUGGCGGUGUUGCUGGUAGCGGUGUUGUUAGUGGUGAUGUUGUUAGUGGCGGUGUUGCUAGUAGCGGUGUUGCUGGUGGCGGUAUUGCGAGUGACGGUGUUGCUGGUAGCGGUGUUGCUUGUGGCGGUGUUGCUGGUGGCGGUGUUGCAAGUGGCAGUGUUGCUGGUGGCGGUGUUGCUCGUGACGGUGUUGCUAGUAGCGUUGUUGUUGGUGGCGGUGUUGCUAGUGGCGGUGUUGCUAGUGACGGUGUUGCUGGUAGCGGUGUUGUUAGUGGCGGUGUUGCUGGUGGCGGUGUUGCUGGUAGCGGUGUUGCUAGUGACGGUGUUGUUAGUGGCGGUGUUGCUGGUAGCGGUGUUGCUAGUGACGGUGUUGCAAGUGGCGGUCUUGCUGAUGGCGGUGUUGCUUCUGGCGGUGUUGUUAGUGGCGGUGUUGCUGGUGGCGGUGUUGCUGGUAGCGGUGUUGUUAGUGGUGGUGUUGCUAGUGGCGGUGUUGUUAGUGGCGGUGUUGCUGGUAGCGGUGUUGCUGGUGGCGGUGUUGCUGGUGGCGGUGUUGCUGGUGGCGGUGUUGCUGGUGGCAGUGUUGUUAGUGGCGGUGUUGUUAAUGGCGGUGUUGCUGGUAGCGGUGUUGCUAGUGGCGGCGUUGCUGGUGAAGGUGUUGCUUGUGACGGUGUUGCUGGUAGCGGUGUUGCUAGUGGCGGUGUUGCUGAUGGCGGUGUUGCUACUGGCGGUGUUGUUAGUGGCGGUGUUGCUAGUGGCGGUGUUGCUGGUGGCGGUGUUGUUAGUGGCGGUGUUGUUAGUGGUGGUGUUGCUAAUGGCGGUGUUGUUAGUGGCGGUGUUGCUGGUGGUGGUGUUGCUGGUGGCGGUGUUGCUAGUGGCGCUGUUGCUGGUGAAGGUGUUGCUGGUGGCGGUGUUGUUAGUGGCGGUGUUGCUGGUAGCGGUGUUGCAAGUGGCGGUGUUGCUGAUGGCGGUGUUGUUAGUGGCGGUGUUGCUAGUGGCGGUGUUGCUGGUGGCGGUGUUGCUGGUAGCGGUGUUGUUAGUGGCGGUGUUGCUGGUAGCAGUGUUGCUAGUGGCGGUGUUGCUGGUGAAGGUGUUGCUAGUGGCGGUGUUGCUGGUGAAGGUGUUGUUAGUGGCGGUGUUGCUGGUGAAGGUGUUGCUAGUGGCGGUGUUGCUAGUGGCGGUGUUGCUGGUGGCGGUGUUAGUGGCAGUGUUGCUGGUAGCGGUGUUGCUAGUGGCAGUGUUGCUGGUGAAGGUGUUGCUACUGAAGGUGUUGCUAGUGGUGGCGUUGCUGGUGAAGGUGUUGCUAGUGGCGGUGUUGCAAGUGGCGGUGUUGCUGGUGAAGGUGUUGCUACUGAACGUGUUGCUAGUGGUGGCGUUGCUGGUGAAGGUGUUGCUAGUGGCGGUGUUGCUAGUAGCGGUGUUGCUGGUAGCGGUGUUGCUGGUGGCGGUGUUGCUGGUGGCGGCGUUGCUGGUGGCGGUGUUGCUGGUAGCGGUGUUGCUAGUUGCGGUGUUGCUAGUGGCGGUGUUGCUAGUGGCGGUGUUGCUAGUGGCGGUGUUGCUAGUGGCGGUGUUGCUAGCGCCGGUGUUGCUAGCGGCGGUGUUGCUGGUGAAGGUGUUGCUAGCGGCGACGGUGUUGCUAGCGGCGAUGGUGUUGCCCGCGGUGGUUUCGGUGGUAGCAGCAAACGAACCACGUCCGCGGCCAAACCGGCAGAGAUGCCGACCGCCUCGCAAUCGGAAGACGCCGACGACGCCGACGAGGACGAGGAGGAGGAGGAGGAGGAAGAUUUUGGCGACGAUUCGGAGACCUGGCUGCCCGGCGGCGGCGGCGGCGGGGUCGGGGGUCGGAGGCCGAGGGUCGGAGGAGCCCGGCACGGGGGCAGCCGCGCCAAAAGGCCGCGGUGGCAGCAACCGCCGGGGAGCGGCGCCGGUGCCGGCACCGGUGCCGGUGCCGGCGGCGGCGGCUCUCGUAAACGAGGGCGCUGCGAGGAAUCCGACGUGAUGGGGGAUCCCGUCGACGCCGCGUCGCGACCACAACAGCCGCGGCACGACGCCGGCGCCGGCGCCGGCACCGGCACCGUCACCGGCCGCGCCAAGAGGCAGCGCUGCUUGGAUCCGGCGACCGCCGCCGUGGCGGCAACUCCCAUCGCUACAACGCAGCCACCGCCACCGCCGGAACAACAACAACAACAGCAACCGCAACAACAACCGCAGCAACAACAACAACAACCGCCACCGCCGGCAAACGGCGCCGGCGAGGCGCCGAAGCGGCGCAAGGGGCGCCCGCGCCAGGAGCGGUCGCGCGAGUGCCCCGACUGCGGCUACGUGGCGGCCACGUGCACCAACCUGGCGGUGCACGUGCGGCGCCGGCACCGGCGCCAGUACAGCUACCUGUGCCGCGCGUGCCAUUACUACACGGUGACCAAGGGCGACAUGGACCGGCACUGCGCCACCUGGAAGCACAAGCGGCGGGCGGCGGAGGACCUCGCCGCCGGCUCCGCCGGCAUCGUCGGCGCCACCGGCAUCGGCGCCGUCGUCGGCGCCGACGCCGAGGGGGGCGGCCCGGUCGCCGGGCGCCGGCCGGCGGCGUCCGACCCGGCGGGGCUUCGGGCGCCGGCGACCGAGGCUCCGGCCGGGGCGGGAGGCCCGACGUUCCGCUGCCGGGCCUGCCCCAGGGCGGUGUCGACGGCGCAGGCGCUGGAGGCGCACGCCCGGCGCAAGCACCGCGGCGACUUCGAGUUUGAGUGCACGGCGUGCGGCUACCGGGCGCUGACGCGCGCCGAGAUGGCGCGGCACGCCGCCACGGCGAAGCACCGCACGCGCAGCCGCGCCCUGCUGCUGCUGCUGCGCGAGCCGAGACGUCGAUCGCCGAGGAGGCGGGAGGCUGCGCCGACGUCCUGGCGAGCCUCUGCCGGGCGCUGA